AUGUGUUCCGACGAGACUCCUCAGGCACCCGAGGGUGGUGCUGGCGCAAUCGAAGUUGAUGCUGAUGAUGCCGACUCAACUUACCCAGCGUCGCAAGUCACCGAUACGACAUCGCUGAGGUCCUCGAUCCUGAACUACAAGUGGGAGAAUGGACGGCGAUACCACGCUUUCGAGGAUGGAGCAUAUUGGGCACCGAACGAUGACCGCCAACAAGAGGCAGAAGACCUCAUGCACGAGAUGUACCGCGUCAUCUUGGGCGGAAAGCUGUACGCAGCUCCCAUUGCGGAAACAGUACAAAAUGUAUUAGACGUGGGAUGUGGCACCGGUAUCUGGGCCAUUGAGUUCGCAGACGAGCACCCCUCCGCCGAAGUUCUCGGUGUCGAUCUCUCACCUAUUCAGCCGGGCUUCGUACCCCCCAACUGCCGCUUCGAGGUCGACGAUAUCACCAAGUCUUGGACACACGCCGAGAACAAAUUUGACUUCAUCCACAUCCGAGCCAUGACUGGCUGCAUUCCAAACUGGACAGAGUUUUACAAGACCGGCCUACAGCAUCUGAAGCCGGGUGGCUGGCUCGAGCACGUCGAGCUCUGGGGCAUCGCCAAGUCUGACGAUGGAAGCCUCAAGGCCGAGUCCCCACUGAACAAGUGGGUGGAGAUUUUUGAGAAGAUUGGCGAGUCGACGGGCAAGACAUUCUUUUGGGGCGACAAGGUGGCCGACUCCAUGAAAGAGGCCAAGUUUGAAAACAUCUACAAGCAGCGCAUCAAAGUACCGAUUGGCACAUGGCCCAAGGACAAGGACCUGAAGCAAUGGGGCAUGUGGAACAGGCAGUUUCUCCUCGGCGGCCUCGAGGGCUUCUCAAUUCGCGGCCUGACUGAGCUCUUGGGAUGGAAGUAUGAGGAGGCCCAGCUUUAUCUGGUUGACUUGCGCAACGAGAUCAAAGACCCAAAAGUCCAUGCGUAUCUUGACCUGACGAUUGUUUACGGCCAAAAACCCAAUGAUGAUUAA